CUUCGAGCUAGUCUUACAUUUACUCGCUUCGAGAGAGCACGCGAAUCGCCAGAGUUCCGCUCCGGGUCUGAAACGUUAUUCAAAUCUCGGUCAAACACGACAAGUGCCCGCGUUUUACUGUUUUUUUUUUGUUGUUUUGUUUCAAGAAGUUCAAUCAGAGUGAUUACAUUCAGGACAACUCAAAAGUUCUAACAGAUCGCAGAUCAUACAAAAAAGUGUAAAAAAAAUAAACACAACAAAAGAUAUUUAAAAAAAACAGUGCCGUGAUUUUGAUGGGUGCUUAGACUUGACACGAACGUGAAUCAGAACAAGGAUUACUACAUCAAACAGAAUCAAAGGAGAACAGCAGAAGUGUAUUUUUUUUUCGGUGACCCUGGUCUCCCAACAACCCCAUCCAGACAGACUGUUAAACAGUGAGUGUUGUUCUUGUUCGCUUUUUCCUUAAGUUCUUUACUCCUCGUCCUCGAUGUACUAAGGAGAAAGUAUGAUGGUAGCGGAUUUCGUAGCACGGCAGCAGAACGGUUCGCCAAUCAACGGUGAAAUACCCGGUCAGAAUCAUAACAACUCCAGCAUGCCCGCACACAGUGCCUUGCUAUUGAGCAGUGACUCAACCGGACGCGGUAGUCCCGUCAGUCCGGAUACAGACUACAACGGUAAUGGAUACGAUCUGUCGUCCCAUCUUCAGCGCAAGGAACUUUUUUCCCAGCGCAAGCAACGUGAAUUUAUUCCAGACAAUAAGAAAGACGACAGCUACUGGGAUCGGCGGCGUCGCAACAAUGAAGCGGCCAAGCGUUCCCGUGAAAAGCGCCGCUUUAAUGAUAUGGUCCUUGAGCAAAGGGUUGUUGAGUUGACCAAGGAAAACCACGUGCUCAAAGCACAGCUGGAUGCUAUCAAGAACAAGUAUAACAUUUGUGGUGAAAAUUUAGUCAGUGUGGACCAAAUUAUGGCUACACUGCCGACCAAUGAACAAGUGCUAAGUUCGACGAAACGUGUAAAAAUUAACAGCACCCCGCCUUUGGUAUUCCCGUUGUCGAGGACCCCGGUACCGCAGCCUUCGUUAACGCCGCAACCCAUGCAGCAAAUAGCACAGCAUCAUCAUCAUACGCCACAGCAAACCGUACAGCAGCAACACUCGGCGCAACAAUCAACUCAGCAACAAUCGCAGCAAGCCGCAGUCAUUCACCCCAAUCCAAAUAUCGAAUCUCCUCCGCCGCCACAGUCCAUUGCUUCGCAGCUGCAGCAGAUUACAAUACAGCACACAAAUUCACACUAUAGUCACCAUUCACCUGCAGCCAUGUACCGUGAGUACGAGCCUAUGUCCAACGGUAGUAGUCGAUGUGAUAGCAACAAACGCGAAUCCACAAUUCGGAGUCCACUUGCCAGAGUCGAUCUACUGGAGCGUGACGAACAUCGCAAUGAAUCGCUAGUUGACCAACGAGACCGGGACCGUGAACGUGACCGCGAUCGUGUCGACGCUUCUUCACUACCGGUUCCAACCUUUGGUUCCGCCAACUCGCACAUCAGUGGACCGCACAUCUCACAUCACCCGUACGUUGGUCCGUACUCUAUUCCAAACUACCCGGUGAACUACAACGGCAAUCUGUACUCGUCACCGCCACGAGAGAUUAACGCCUUACUUACCGCCAACGUGCUCAACCUCAGCCGCCGUGCUCCGUCACCCUACGAAACAUCCAACGGAACCGGUUCCAACAGCAGUCACAGUAGCUCCGGCGAUGACGAACACGAUCGGGAGCAUAUCCACGAUCACAACAACAGCCUACCUGUUAAGCUGAGACAUAAAUCACAUCUCGGUGAUAAAGACGCAGCUACCGCCUUACUUGCCCUGCAAAACAUCAAACAAGAACCGCAGCUACGUUCGUCCUCCCCGUGGGAUGACGGAGAUGGUUCCUCGGAUGAGCGCGAUUCCGGUAUCUCCACCGAAUGGCCGACGAAGGCGGAACAGAAAAUGAUGGUCCCACUACCGUGUUCGCCGCCGUCAACGUCGACCUCGCCGUUGGCAGCGUCGGCUGUCAUUGCCACUGGAUCGGCGGGUAAUAUCGGUGUCGGUGGAAAGAUUACCUCCAUUCCGGCGUCGGUCGUCAUCAGCAAGAAGGCCGAGGAAAACAUCCAUCUCCAGUCGAAAUUGGCCCGGCUGGAGUCGGAGGUGGCCACUAUCAAGAACAUGAUGAUUUCCAACACUACUGGCAGCGGAUUUGGUGUCACAGCCGCGGCCCAGUGACGGAAGCGGAACGAGUGUAGACGCGAGAUCUAGUUCGGACAUAACCUAAAUUGUGAUGAUCAUUGACGAAGAGUUUGUAAAUAGAAAUGUGAAAUGUGUAGCUUGCAAAAACGGUUCGAGAGUGUAGAGCAGAAUGAGAUAACUGAGAAAGAAUGUGCGCGCCUUUCAUUGGUAAGAUAUGGUGAAAAGUUUUUUUUUAUAAACAAAAAGAGAAUAUUUAUUACUAACUAUUAAGCAGAAUGAUAGCAUUUUCGUCAGUUGUUAUUUUUUGAAGUGAGCAAAUCGUCCUAUAAAACUACAUACGAAUGCGCAAACGAAGGUGAAAGAUAGUGAAGAGUUAACCGGAAACCGGUUCCAACAGAGACGGAUACAGUGUGAAAGCAAAACAGUCCAUGCAUGAUAACUUAGAUUUUAACUGAGCUGUUUGAAGCAACCUUGAAAGUCCGGGCAGUUAAAAACACGAUAUUUGUCUUCAGGGAAGAUGGUACGACAGCGAAAACGAUUGACGAAACCACAUAAAUAGCUGCUGGAGAAGUUAUAAAUUAUAGACUUGUCUAGCAAGUAGGUACGAAGUUUCGAAAUUGUGAUAUACUUUUUUUCCUUUGAUACAGCAAGCUUGAGCAAAACGACCUUCAUUCAUGUAAAUUUUUUGAACAGUGAACAGAAGCGAAGGUUAUUUUUAAUUUAUUUUUCGUCCUAUAAGUACCACAGUUAUUUAGAGUAAGCGACCGUAGAAGGAAUUUGUGAAAUUUCCAGUAAUACUGUUAUAUCUUUGAUGCCAUCACCGGGAUAUAAAACUAGGUGAUAGUGCGGGCCUUUUCGUGUCCAGUCCUACAAAACCCCUAUAUUAAGCUGUACCGCGAUCAAAGCGUUUUAUCUUCGUAAUGCAAACCCAUCAAAUUAAAUCGAAAAUUACUUUCCAGCAAAGUUUAGCUGACUUUCAGAACUGAUCUUCAAACACUACUUACAAAUUAAUUAACUCAAUACUACUGACUCUAUAGUAGCUAUUAUUCGAUAGUUUUAAAACUUGUCAUUUUUAAUCGUAAUUAAGGAAAGAUAUGAAAAAUCAAGUGUAUAAUUUGUAUCAAAUUUAUGUAUUUAAAUAUAUAUAUUUUUAAAAAAUA